GAGAUAAAGGAGAUAAGGGAGAAUAUGAAGAAUAUGGAGAAUAUAGAAAAGAACAAAUAGAAUAUGAAGAUAAUAUAUCUCAAGUAUCAAGAAAAAAAUUAAAUUUAAAUAAUUCACUAGUAACUACUAGAAUGUUAGAAAAA